CCUGAUUUCUGAGGGAGGUGGCGGUCCAUGGUGGUGACCCGGGAACUGGCGCAGAGCGUGUUCUGGUUUUAUUGUGACUACUGCGAUACGUAUCUCACCCAUGACUCUCCGUCUGUGAGAAAGACACACUGCAGUGGUAGGAAACAUAAAGAGAAUGUGAAAGACUACUACCAAAAAUGGAUGGAAGAGCAAGCUCAGAGCCUGAUUGACAAAACAACGGCUGCAUUUCAACAAGGAAAGAUACCUCCUACUCCAUUCUCCGCUCCUCCCCCCGCCGGGGCUAUGAUCCCACCUCCACCCAGCCUUCCUGGUCCUCCUCGCCCUGGUAUGAUGCCAGCACCUCACAUGGGAGGCCCUCCCAUGAUGCCAAUGAUGGGCCCCCCACCUCCGGGGAUGAUGCCAGUGGGACCUGCUCCUGGAAUGAGACCACCCAUGGGAGGCCACAUGCCAAUGAUGCCUGGGCCUCCAAUGAUGCGACCGCCGGCUCGGCCCAUGAUGGUGCCCACUCGGCCAGGAAUGACUCGACCAGACAGAUAAAGUGGAGGGGCAGCCUCUCUGUAUCAGUUUUAUAUUAUUUGUUCUGCUUCACCAGGGG